GGAGAGAGCCAUGGAUAGAGAAGAUACUGCUAAGCCUGCCUCCUUCUGUCAGAAGAUACAACCUUUGGAUAUCUCACGACGACAUGCUUGGAGAGAAGUGCUGAUGGAUACCAGUUCCUCCAUGGUGGAGGAAUGCUAUGGUGAACUGAAAAUGAAGAAGAUGGACGCUGUGAAGGAGCUGUUUGACAGUUUUGCAACAAGGACCAUGGCCUAUGAUUUCCAUCACGUGAUUGGCCUUGCGAGCUUCAGCUCAAAAGUGACCGUCAUACAUACAUUUACUGAAAAUCUGGAAAAGUUCAAGGAGCAUCUGCGUGAGCUUCAACCAAGUGGAUCCACUCUUCUGUACGAUGCCCUACAACGUGGAGUCAAAGAACUGAUCACAGUGAAGCAGAGGUUCCCUCAAUGUAGACUCCGCAUCAUAUGUCUUACGGAUGGAAACGAUUUGGGGUCGAUGGCAAAAACUGAAACCGUUACAAUCAAUCUGAUCGAAUACAACAUCGUUCUGGAUUCCAUCCUGCUCGGAGAUGUAGACAACCACACACUUCACGGAAUCAGCAAUGCCACAGGAGGUUGUUGUUUCAAGCCUGAAACAAGCAGGGAUGGCCUGAAACUUUUUGAGAUUGAAACGGUUCUCUCUCUGGAAAUGCGAAAACCUAAGGAAAAACUAGAUCCAUCCGCCAUCACAAGCGAGAGUGUUUUAAGUAGCAUCUUUGCACAACACGGCUACGAUGACCUCCCAGAGACUACUCUGCCAAGCAAUUUCAACGACAAAGUGACCGUGACAGAGAAUGCAUUAAAAAAUAAUAUCCAGGAAUCUAAGAAAUCGAAAUUGAUGGAGAAGGACAAACGUAUACUAGAGGAGUUGAGACGCUUACACUGUGAGCCUCAUCCCUACUUCACCAUCUUCCCCUCCGAGUCCGACUUCACUUUUUGGAAGAAUCUGAUGCAGGGUCCUCCUGACACACCUUAUGAAAAGGGGGUCUUUGAGCUGUACUGUCAGUUUGACAAGGACUACCCAGUGAAACCUCCUACAAUCCGCUUCUCCACGCAUGUGUACCACUGCAACAUCAACAAUUCUGGACGGAUAUGUCACCACAUAUUUGACCGCAGCUACAAUGCCCAUGUCACCAUGAGGGAGAUCCUGGAAGCCAUCUAUGGACUGCUCAUCGCCCCUGAAGCUGAAGACCCAUUAGACAGCAUUUUGGCUGAGGAAUUCCUAUCCAGCAAGGACAAGUAUGAACAAGAAGCCAAGGAACACGCCGCGAAAACCGCAGCCAAGUCCUUCAAUGACAAGGAGCGGGAAUUGGUCGGUCGGGGUUCUGUUCCGAAGAACACACCCCAACAUCUGAAAUGUCCACUCAGCAAGAGGAUAUUUGUUGAGCCUGUUAGAACAAAGUAUGGGACAGUAUACGAGCGUAAGGCCAUCGAGGAACACCUUAAAACAAAACCAUUUGAUCCACAAAUGGGGAAAAAACGUCCACUCCAGACUAGUGACCUUCAACAAGAUCGAGAUAUGAAGAAAAUGGUGAGGGAGCACAAGGUUCGUCAGAUUCAACCAGCAGGGCCUUGAAACGUUAGGCUAAAUGUGCCUUGUUUAUCACUAGUUCAGAAGAAAUCGGUCAUGGAGAGUGUUUUUUUUUCUGUUGACAAGCAUUACCAAAACAGAGCAUCUCAUUGUAACAGUUUAAUCACAUUAUUGUUGCUUAUAAAAAAAUAUGUUUUCUCUUUUUUUUGUUAUCUUUCAAAUAUACCUACUGUAGUCUGAUGAGGAACAAGCUUUAGUUGGGCUAUUUAACGCAGACAUUAAUGCGGAACUACUACUGGUCAUCAGUAUGAAUGUUCAUUUGUAAGACAUGCCCUUGUUUAUUGUUAUUUCUCAUGCAAAAAUGCAGUGUCUCUUCAUUCCAUGUGAAAACAUUGAACAUGUGAGGCCUCUCUAGGCCUUCUGUCAUGUUUGAUUCCUGUGUACUCUUUAAAUAAUCUUGUUUUGUUAUAAAACAAAUGUUUUGGGAAUUCUAUAAUCUUUCGGUCAUGUUUGAUUCAUUUAUACUCAUUAACAGUUUAUCCUUGUUAUUUGUAAUAUUGUUAUGAUCAUCAACGCUGAGUAGGAUGCUCCAAUACCAGCAUGUUGUUAUUAUCACUUAACCAACCGAUAUUGUUGGUCAAAUAAAUAGUUAUGUGAUUUGAAAUGCGUGCCUCAUUCAAUCCUCCAAUAUUUUGUUCAUUUUGGAAGCUUCAGAAUAUGACACAUCUACAUCUCAUCAGAAUACUGGAUACUGAAUAAUGCCUUUAUAAUUCAUAGUAGGCCUACCUUGAU